ACAGACAACCAACGACAUUGACGGACUUGACAGGAGCAUCUUGCAUACGAGCCUUGCCCCUCUACAUCGAGCCUUCUACCACAUCACCGCCGACCGAGCACCUGCUUCACCUGCUUGGAAACACUACCAGACAUCCACAAGUCGACAUCAUGGCAGCCGACCAGCGCGACAUCUACGACUCCAUGACGAUGCAGUCAGACAGCGAGACAUACGAUCAGCCCGACAUCUCAUCGCCUUCAUCGCCUUCCUCAGACUCAGCAUCACCCUUGAUUCUCUACUCCCCACCUACCUUCUGGGGUCUGGCGCGGGGCGCCGCCAUCAACCUCCUCCUCCCUUUCGUCAACGGCCUCAUGCUGGGCUUCGGCGAGCUGUUCGCCAAUGAGCUUGCCUUCCGCUUUGGCUGGUCAAACACAAAGAUCUUCCCCUCGCACAGACGAGUUGGACCUGGAGUCGAGAUGCGAACAGACCCUAUCGAGAAGAGAAGACGCAAUGGACAAGAGAUGGACGCCUACACGAGCUUGGAAUAAGAAUGGAAAUGACGACAUUUACAAAUCACGUACGCCUGGAUUUUGCAUUACAGCAUGGAGAGGAGUCGGCGUUGAUGGUCUUUUCUUCCUUGUUAUCGUUUCCCGUUUUCUCAACUUCAAGCUUUCUGCGAAGAAGCAUGUCAAUAUAUCUCAUUCACCACACCCUUCUCUACCUCUUUCUUAUACCCAUCUGAGAUGUCUCUUGCCGGCCAC